AUGUAUUGGAGUAGCAGUGGAAUUGAUCCAAGUUUGUUGGAGUUGAAACAUCUUUAUUACUUGGACCUCAGUUUCAUCGAUUUUCAAAAUGCUUCAAUUCCCACUUUUAUUGGUGAAAUGAAACAACUCCAACAUCUUGAUCUUUCACGUUCAUCGUUUAGUGGGAGGGUUCCACCAGAGCUUGGAAACCUCACUAACUUACGUUUUCUCGAUAUGGGUUUCAAUGAUGGCCUUCGUGUUGUUGAUGAUCAUAUGGAGUGGAUUUAUAAUCUAUCAUCUUUGACAACUUUGGGCAUGAGUUAUGUGAAUCUUAAAGCUGCAAAGGCUUUAAAUUUGAUGAACCUACUCAACUCUCUUCCUAUUCUAAAGUCUUUAGAUUUAGUUAGAUGUGAAAUCCAUGAUGCCCAAUUUUUGUAUGCUCCUUCAAAUUCCUCGCAAAUUAACAAUCCAGCUUCCUUAGAAACCCUUGAUCUCUCAGAUAAUAGUUUGGUUUGUUGGGUGCCAUCAUGGAUUGGUAAUAUUACAAGUCUUACCCAAAUGGAUCUUGCCGAUAACCAAUUCCACGGCGUUGAAGGUGGACUGCUGUCAAUCAUUGGAAACACGUGUCGCCUAAGAGUGUUGGAUUUGUCCAAUAAUAAUCUGCAUGGAAAUCUAGGAAAUUUUUCUGGGCGUUGCAGCAAAUAUGAUAUGGAACAUUUAGACUUAAGAUCAAACAAACUAAACGGAAGUUUGCAGAGUAAUGAUUGGUUAGGAAAGUUAAAGAACAUGAAACUUCUUCAUCUUUCAAACAAUUCAUUUUCCGGCCCAAUGCCUGAGGAUGCUAGCCAACUACGAAGCCUGGAGGAGUUAAGAAUAGAAGAUAACUAUUUUGAAGGCGUUGUCUCAGAAGUUCACUUCGCCAAUCUCUCAAAACUAAGUCAGCUAAUGAUUGGGAAUCGAGGUGGCUCGAUCAGCUGGAAGAUAACAUCUGAUUGGGUUCCUCCAUUCAACCUUUAUUUCCUUUCUCUGCAGAAUCUCAACACUAAUGGCUCCGAGAUUCCACAAUGGAUUCGAACACAGACCAAACUAUGGUUUCUUGAUUUGUCUUACGGUGACAUCACAGGAACUGUACCCACUUGGCUUGGGGAAUUAACUCAUCUCACGUAUUUAGAUCUUUCCAACAAUCAACUCAAAGGAAGUAUUCCCCAAAUUAGCCCUGAUGUGUUUGAAUUGUAUCUUGCACGUAAUCAAAUUAAUGGCUCAUUAUCAACUUCUUUCUGCAAGAUGACAUAUUUGGUUGUUCUUGAUAUCUCUCAGAAUAGACUAUGGGGAGCCAUUCCUGAUUGUUGGUCGUCGUAUGAUUUUAUUAUCAUGAGGCUAUCAUCCAACCAACUCUCAGGGGUCAUUCCAGCUUCGCUCAACAAUUUGCAUCAACUUCAAGAUUUACAACUAAGAGAUAAUAACUUCCAUGGACAAAUUCCAUCCUUGGAAAAUUGUAGCUACUUGAUGAUUUUGGAUCUUGGAGGAAACCAGUUAUCAGGAAACAUAACCAAAUGGGUGGGAGAUGGUUUGAAUCUCCGAAAUCUAAUUGUUCUGAGUCUGCGACAAAAUCAACUGAAUGGCAACAUUCCCUCCAAACUCUGUGGACUUGGAAAGCUACGCAUAUUGGAUGUUGCUAAUAACAACAUUACGGGGACAAUUCCUCCAUGUCGUGGCUACCUUCCAGGAAUGAUGGGUCAACUUAUAGACUGGGAAAUUCUCGAGUCACCUGACGGUAAUAUUGAAAUACCCAUUGACAUUGAUAAGGAAAUUGUGGUGCAGGUUAUGAAGGGAAGGGAAUUCAACUACUCGAAGACAGUUUUAAAGUUGUUUGUAAAUAUGGAUCCAUCGGAUAAUAAGAUGGUUGGAUUUAUCCCCGUUGAGUUGACGCAGCUUACUGGGCUAAUUGGGUUGAACUCAUCACAUAACAAUUUUUCAGGCAUGAUUCCUUCAGAAAUUGGGAGAAUGAAGGAGUUGGAAUCGCUUGAUCUAUCUUGCAAUAAUCUCUUCGGGCCUCUUCCUAAUGGCAUGUUGAAUUUAACGUCGUUGGAGGUACUGAAUUUGUCUUACAACAAUUUCUCCGGCCGUAUACUCGAAGGGAAUCAAUUCUCCACUCUCAAUGAUCCAUUUUCGUACAUUGGAAAUCCUUAUUUGUGUGGCGAUCCUCUUCCAAAUAGCUGUGACGACGGACACAAAUUGGUUCAGCCUUCAAUUGGGAGUGGUGAGUACUUCAGGGAUGAGGAUGAAGAUGACUUGGAGAAGAUGUGGCUUUACACUAUCAUAAUGUCGGGAUUUGCGUGUGGAUUUUGGGGAGUCAUUGGAGUUCUAAUCUUCAAGAGGAGAUGGAGAUAUGCCUACUUCCAAUUUGCAGAAGAUCUCAAAGAUCAUAUCUACGUGAAGAUGUUAGUGAAUAUUGCAAGGCUGAAGAAACUUUUGACAGGAAUUGGUGGAGAUGAUGAGUGA